AUGUCAGAUACGGAUGAGAUCCUUGAGGAGCAGGAAGAGUAUGAGGAGGAAGAACAGAAAGAGUUCCAAGAUGAAGAAGUGGGAGAAGAUGAGAAACGGGAACACGAGGAAGAGUCCAAGCCACGACCUAAAACCACGUACGUGCCCAACAUAGCGCCGCCCAAGCUGCCGGACGGCGAGAAGGUGGAUUUUGACGACCUCCACCGCAAACGCGUGGAGAAGGACUUUAACGAUCUGCAGGGCCUCAUCGAGCUCCACUUCUCCAACCGGCAGAAGGAGGAAGAGGAGCUGGUGGCCCUGCGCAACCGCAUCGAACGCCGGCGCUCGGACCGUGCCGAACAGCAGCGGGAGCGUGCCGAGCAAGAGCGCGAACGCCAGGCCCGUUUGACGGAAGAGCGGGUCAGGCGAGAGGAGGAGGCGGCCAAGCUACGCGCGGAAGAGGAGGCCAAGAAAAAGAAGAUCUUCACCAACAAGUCCUUUGGGGGCUACCUGCAGAAAGUGGACCAGAAGAAGGGCAAGAAGCUGACGGCGCGCGAGGAAAAGAAGAAGGCCCUGCUGGAGCGCCGCAAGCCGCUCAACAUCGACCACCUCAACCAGGAUAAGCUGGCCGAGAAGGCCCGGGACCUGUGGGGGUGGCUCCACCAGCUCCACGGCGAGAAGUUCGAGCUGGCCGAGAAGCUCAAACGGCAGAAGUACGAAAUCUAUGUGCUGCGAAACCGCGUCAGCGAUCACCAGCGUGGCUCCAAGGCGUCCAAGACCUCCCGUGGCGCAAAGGGAAAGUCCGGCUCCUGGAAGUGA